GGCUUCGGCGCUACAUUCUCCCUCCAUAGCUUUCCCUCUCCUCGCCUAACCCUAGAAUAUAAGCCAGAGAGCUUUCAUUCUGGAGCUGCCGCCGCCCCGCCGAGAUGGUCAAGGGCAAGGACAAGCGCGUGAAUGAAUUCCAAGCCCACAGGCGCAAGCGCAAGAGCAAGGCUGCGAUCGCAGGGGGUGGGGUGAAGAAAAAGAAGGUUUGCAAGAACAAGGACAAGCAGGAGGAGGAGGAGGUUGCGGUGCUUCCAAAGUGGCAUAAGAGACCGGAGAGCUCGCGAGUCCCUGAUUUGCAAUUGCCAACCAGCUCCAAGGCGCGUUGCCAUCGUUCCGAAGCCGCGAAGAAAAAUGCCCAUCCAAAGUUUUACAAAAUGUCGAGCCCCGUGACCAUCGACAGUGGCCAUUCUGUUAUCAAGGGCAUGGACAUGCACUCCGAAGGUUUCAUCUCCACCUGGGCACAAGACGGAGGCAUCAGGAUCUGGAGGCUCAGAGGAACAAAUGGUGCCAUGACAAGCAUUUGCAGCGCUCACUUACAUGAGUGUCCUCAGGAUAUGGAGUGGCACCCGGAUGGCAACAGACUGUUUGCAGCGUUCAAGAGCACCGGUCGGGCUCAAGUUGGAUACUAUGAUCUAUCCGACGACAGAUUCCGGCUCUUGCCAGGGGAGCCCCAUUGUACGGGAUUGCUUCGCAGCAUCAAGUUCAUGCCAUGGCAGGUUUCUGGUGCUCCGUGUUUCGCAACGGGUGGCGACGACCACUCGGUUGUUCUUUGGAAGGAGUCGCAGGAGCACUGGACCAGUCAGAAGCUUUACAACAGCCACAGCUCGUUUGUAUACGGGGUAGCGGGUGCCGCGCACAAGUCCUUGAUCGCUUCAGCCAGCGUGGACAAGCACCUCCGCAUGGUGGAUGUGGUCAGUGGCACCGACUACUUCUGUGGCAAGUUCGACAGCUCGUUGCUCAGUGUGGAGUUCAACCCCGUUGAUCCCAACCUCCUGCUGCUCACGGGAUGUGUCGAGAAGAAGCAGCUAAUGCUCAUGGACUUGCGCUACCUUGAUCCAGAAUCGCUGGUCCAUAGCUUUGGCUGGGAAAUAGGCGAAAACCAUCCCCGGGUAACCAGGCAGUUCCAGCAGUGCUGGUCUCCAGAUGGAUGGUACGUCUCGACGGGGAGCUGCGAGGACGGUUAUGACAUCUUCGACAUCCGGUACAACAACUACUUGUCGACUCACUCGGUUCACGGUACCAAGUCAGGCGUGGUGAAGACCCAGUGGCACCCGGUAGUGAACGAUUUGCUCAUUUCGGCUAUAAGGGGGGGAAGGAUCUGGCUGCAGCAGAUCAUUUAAACCCCCCAACUUGUUACGAGUAUAAGAUUACAGACAGGGAAGCAACACUUUGUCCAGUUGGCUCGGAUUUGGCCUUUGCUUCCAGUCAACGGCGAGAGGUUGCCCAUCUUUACCAUUGCAUCGGCAAAGUCCUUGAAGAAGGCGGCUUUGCUGCUGCUGUAGGCGUUGACGGCAUCCUGCGUGUCUCCAGGUGUGGAAUACAGGACUUGGUCGGAGCGGAAGAGGCCUUUGUUCA